UUUGGCUUCGUUCGAGCGCUAAUUUUUUAAUGUGGGCGUGUCUGUGAAACCCAUAACUCACAGUCUUAAUUGUCUGAUGCGCUUGGACACACGGCCAAAGCUGUAGCUGCUGCUGUAUAAAAGCUGCCGCCUUGCCCGACUGCAGCAUCAGUCAACGUUCGUUCUUCGUGUUCUACAACGGCCGAAAAGUAAUCGAAAUGUUCAAAGUAUUGAUGAUUUGCGCCGUCUUCGGCAUGGCUUUCGCCUCGCCCCUCAGCAGACCAUUGCCCCACCGCCGCGUUGCUACUGUUUUGCGCGCAAGUCCCGUUAGCCGAAGCGAUGAUGUGCACGCCGAAGUGAUCUCGCAGCUGUCAGAUGUGCGCGCCGAUGGCUUCGAUUCAAGCCUGCAGACCACCAACUCGAUCUCUCGCAAUGAGAAGGGCGAUGCUUACGGCAAUAUCUAUGGCGACUUCGGCUGGAUCGCGCCCGAGGGUGAUCACAUCGCGAUCUCGUACGUCGCCGAUGAGAAUGGCUAUCAGCCACAGGGCGAUGCUCUGCCAACACCGCCACCAAUCCCAAUCGCAAUCCAACGCGCUCUUGAGUGGAUCGCAGCGCAUCCAGCACCACCCGAGAAGUUCUCCCGCCAUUAAUUCUAAGUCAGCUUCGAUCCAGUAUAACUUGACUUGCUGCUGGAACUCUAUU